AGUGUUUCUACUCUCGUUCUUUCUCUCUCCCCUCUUACUCUCAUUAUCUCUUUCUUAGUUUCACACACACUCACUUCAUAUUCUCUCUCUCUCUCUCUCUUUUUACUCUCAGUAUCUUCUGUCGUCUGUCCAUCAUACACUUUUCUUUACUGUCUCUUUUAAUCUUACAACGACUCGCUUUCUCCAUUUUAAUCUUACAACGACUCGCUUCCUCCAUUUUAAUCUUACUACUUCUCCACAGACGCCAGCGCGAAUAUUUGUAUCUACCUCUUUCUCUCACCCUCUCUUUCUCUCCCUAACUCCUGUUUGUUCUUCAACUAUCUCUCUCCAUUUCACAAAACACGCGCGCGCACACACACACGCUUACAUGCACAUGGUUACACGCACACACACGCGCUCACUCACAUUCUCACACCGCUACCCACUCCUCGCUAUACGCACGCGCACACUCUCUCAUUCACUUCUUCCCUCCCUCUCUCUCUCUCCCAUAUUCCCUCCCCCUCUCUCUCACUCACUUGCUCACUCACUCAACAUCUAACAACACUACUGGAACAAGGUAUGAGUCGCUCUUAAGUGAAGGCACUGACUCUACAGGCACUCGAGUUGGAAGUCUUUUAACAGAAGACACACGAGUUUCGUGUGCGGAGAGCGCGCGCGCGCGUCUGUGAGUGUUUUGUGUGUACAUAUAGAUGUAUGUACAAAGAUAUGUAUAUAUACACUCAUAUUAAUAUAUAUGUAUAUAUAUAGUUACCUGUCUAUUUUAUUAUGCGUGCGGACAGAAGUAUCGGUCAUCAAAACUACACACGGUAGUCAAAUAUAUAAAUAUACUCAGUGAAUCGAAUGUGAACCACAAACAAUAACUAAAAAAAGAAAAAAAAAAAAGAAAAAGAAAACAGUCAUAUUACAUAUACACACACACGAAAACACACAUACACGCACGCACACACAUAUACACACACAUAAAUAUAUAUAUAUAUAUAUAUAUAUUUAUAUAUAUAUAUAUAUAUUUAUAUACAUACAAAAACCGCAUACAUAAUCAAUAAAUUUACAGUCAAGUGCUUACAUAUACAUACAUACAUACAUACAUACGUAUACAUAAUUAUACAUUAAUACGUGCAUACAGACGCACAAACAUACAUACAUAUAUAACCAAGCACAUGCUCACAUCAGUACAAAUAUAGAUACAUAUACACAAACAUAUACAUACAUAUAUAUAUAUAUAUGUAUUUAUAUAUAUAUACCUAUAUAUAUAAAUAUAUAUAUUUACAAUUCACCACAGUGUUGCCAUGUACAAAAACAUACAAAAAUAUACAGUCGUACGUUAAUAUGAAUAUAAACAUAAAAGAACACGAACAAACAUACAUAUAAGCUCGUAUACAGACUCACACUGGCACAUAAACACAAAUAAACGAUUACACACAUAAACGCAUACUAAACACUCACACACCCACACCCACCGUCACACACACACACACACAUACACACUCAGACACACACACACACACACACACACAUACACAUACAUUACACUUAUUCAAAGUGAAAUAACAACAUAACAUAAUUAACUACUGCAACCACAACAAAAAUAGGCUUCAGCGAUCGUUGUUAUUAUUAUUAUUAUUAUUAUUACUGGAGGCAUCAUCUGUUAUCAACAACAGCAAACGCAUCAACACCACCACUAACAACAACAACAACAACAACAACAACAACAUCAUUAUUAUCAUCGUUAUCAACUUCAUCGUCAUUAUCAUCGGUUCUAUGAGAGAGGACGACCGGAGUGUAAAUGACAAUAGACAACCUAUAGCGCUGUAUGCCGGAAAUGAGAUAGGGAUUGUACCAUUUUAUCAGUGGAUUCUCAGACUUCUACUGUUGCACCUCAAUGCGAUCAUUUGACAGUGAAGGGUCUCUGGACUUAAAAAACCCGGAUGAAGAGAACAACCAGUUGGAUGCUGGUAGUGGCUCUCUUCGAAUGUACAAGCGGUCAGAUCGUGUUAUCAUCAACGUAAGCGGGCUAAGGUUCGAAACACAAACACGAACUCUUAGUCAGUUUCCGGAUACGCUGUUAGGUAACCCUAAGAAGCGGAACCGCUAUUACGACCCUUACCGCAAUGAAUAUUUCUUCGAUAGAAAUCGUCCCAGUUUUGAUGCCAUCCUUUAUUUCUACCACAGUGGGGGUCGUCUUCGAAGACCUUCUAAUGUACCAUUGGAUAUAUUCCUGGAGGAGAUUAAGUUUUUCGAGCUCGGUGAAGAGGUCAUUGAAAAAUACCGUGCAGAAGAGGGAUUUAUCAAAGAAGAAGAAAAACCUCUUCCCGAGAACGAAUUCCAGCGACGUGUGUGGCUACUGGUUGAGCAUCCAGAAAGUUCUACCCCUGCUCGUGUAAUCGCCAUAAUGUCUGUCAGCAUUAUUGUUAUAUCAAUCGUUACGUUUUGCUUAGAAACCUUACCGGAAUUCAAACGAUAUGAACUUCUCAAUGAUACAAUUAUUGUAGAUGAUGCCAUGCCGAAAUUCGGCACGCCAUUUUUCAUCAUUGAAACCGGAUGCAUAAUAUGGUUUACUAUGGAAUUGUUAAUACGUUUCGCUUCCUGUCCUGUGAAAUUGGAUUUCUUUAAGGACAGUAUGAAUGCUAUAGAUAUCGUGUCGAUUAUACCUUACUUUAUUACUUUAGGGACUGUCAUUCAAAAUGAUACAAAUAGUCAAGAUAAGCAAAACAUGUCACUGGCUAUUUUAAGGGUUAUCCGUCUUGUGAGAGUGUUCCGUAUCUUUAAACUGUCACGUCAUUCCAAAGGGCUUCAAAUCCUUGGUCAAACUUUGAAGGCCAGUUUACGAGAGUUAGGUUUACUGAUUUUCUUUCUUGUCAUUGGCGUUGUGUUGUUCUCCAGUGCGGUAUAUUUUGCCGAAGUGGACACCGAAGAGAGCCAUUUCAAAAGCAUUCCCGAUUCGUUUUGGUGGGCCGUCGUUACCAUGACAACCGUCGGUUAUGGUGACAUGUCGCCAAUAGGCGUGUAUGGUAAGUUAGUCGGAUCACUCUGUGCUAUUGCUGGAGUGUUGACUAUUGCCCUGCCCGUUCCGGUCAUUGUGUCAAAUUUUAAUUAUUUCUACCACAGAGACACGGAAUCUACUGACGACAAAGAGAGAUACCACCAUGUAACGUCAGCGACGGGUUACUAUGAUGAAAAGAUAAGCUCUUAUACAUCGGAAGUCGAGUCUGAUAUAAUGGAGAUAGAUGAAGCAAGUAUGUACACGGAGAAAUGGAAAGAAGGGCAUAUUAGCAAUACGAAUAAUAUAGGGUUUAAUCAUAUCAAAAAUAAUCUAAGCAUGCAAACUGAUGUAUGAAAUAUGGAGUUUGCUGUUUAUAAGAAGAUAAAGAAGUAGAGUAUGAUGAUACUGAAGCAAAACAUGAAGAUGAACUAAAAUAGAAUCUUCUGAUGUCUGAAAGAAAGAAAAAAAAAAACUAUUUAGAAAAGAAAAACUAUUACAUUAAGUUUAAGAAAAACUAUUUAUUAAUUAAAUGCAGUAAUAUAAGGAAAACAGCCCUCAUUGUGAAUGACAAAAAUGAGUUAAAUUCAAUAAUUAAAUGGUGAUGAAAUAAAUAGAGGAAUCAAAGACAUAUUUGGAAAUUUAUUUACAGAAAACCUAAACCGAAACGAAAAUGAUUAAAAAAAAAAAUCAGUAGAACCACUUUUCAGGAGAACUUCUGUUGUUAUAAUUAUUACAGUUAUAAUAUAUCUUCCCUGUCGGUUCUGAUUGUGUGAAUCUUGCCAGAAGGAGUGACAUUGCCUUUCAUUCCUUUGGUGCGAUUCAAUGAAGACUAAAAAAACUGGAGCCGAUUCUAUUGACUAUAACCACCUCUUACAAGACAUUAUAUUGGCUUUUUGCCUAACAACAAAAUCGAUAUUAUUAAAAUUCUUCCUUCUUAAUGAUACCGAGAUCAAAUCCCGCCAGGGUCAACUUUGCCUUUCAUCCCUCAGGGGAUCGAUAAACGAAGUACCAGUCAUACCAGUGGUACACUGGAGUUGUAAUCAACUUUACUCCCUUCCUACUACAGAAAUUGGCCUUGUGUGCCUACUCAAAACAGACUAUUAUUAUUAUUAUAAUUAUUCUUAUUCUUAUUAUUUGUAUGCCCAUUUUGCCUCCAGAGGUUAAUUUUGCCUUUCACCCCUCCAGAAGAAGGAGAAAUAGAAUUAGUACCAGUAAUAUACUGGGUUCAAUUUGGUCGACUUACCAUCUUUCUCCUUACAUCAAAUUGGCCUUUUGCCUAAAACUAAAAAAAAAAAUCAUUAUUAUUAUUAUUAUUACUAUUACUAUUAUUAAUUAUUCGACCAUGCUACCGGGGUCGAUUACUUUGCCUUCCAUCUUCCGGGGCUUUCGAUUAAAAACAUGUACCAGUAAUACACUUCAAUCAAUUAUAUCGCCGCUAUACUUAAACACUCUUUUAACCAAAAACAUUAAAAAAAAAAAACAAUAAAUGCAAAAAAAAAAAAACACAGAAGCAAAAUAAAAGAAGAAAGAAAGAAAACUGGCAAUGUGAAAAUAAAAUGAGAAACAAAACAACUACAUUAAACAAUAACACUAACAACAACAGCAAUUAGCAAUAAGAGAAAUAGCAAGAACAACAUCAACAUCAUCUACAGCAAUACCUGCAGAGAAAUGAGCAAGAACAAAGACUAGGUACAUUAUUAUAUAAUGCCAAUAUAAAACUGGUUCUUUGUGUGUGCUUGUGUAUGUACGUGUGUAAAAGCACAAUAAAGUAAUGAGCAACAAUUAUGCAGCAAAAUUAAUUAAACAAUAAAAAAGUUUCUUUCAAAAAUGGGUCGCAGAAUCGCGAAACAGACAGGUG